GGAGCAUGGUCUAUCUCGUACCCCCUUUGGCUGUCUUCUGCUGUGGUCUGGAGGGCACGGGUGUUUUCGGGCUGUUUCAUGCUGGGAAGCGUGUGAAAUUAACUGAUCAUAGUCUGCAGUCGGCGUUUCAAGCCAAAGCGAUAGCUUUGGCUGAGGAAAUAUGGGAUGUAUAAAAUCAAAAAGGAAAGAGAAUCUGCAUGGAGAUGGGCUAGAUUUGAAGAAUCAACCAGUACGUAAAACUGAACGAACUAUUUAUGUGAGGGAUCCAACGUCCAAUAAACAGCAAAGGCCAGCAAAUCCAGAAGCACAUCUCUUACCAGGACAGAGGUUUGCCAGUGAAGACACAGAGGAGCAUGGAGUCAUUGUGGUAGCUUUGUAUCCCUAUGAUGGCAUUCAUGAAGAGGACUUGUCCUUCAAAAAAGGAGAAAAAUUGAAAGUUAUUGAGGAGCUGGGAGAAUGGUGGAGAGCAAAAUCUCUCACGACAAGGAAAGAAGGCUUCAUUCCCAGUAACUAUGUGGCUAAAGUAAACACCCUAGAAACAGAAGAAUGGUUCUUCAAAGACAUAACCCGAAAAGAUGCUGAAAGACUACUCCUGGCUCCUGGAAAUAGUCCUGGAGCUUUCCUUAUCAGAGAAAGCGAAACAUUAAAAGGCAGCUAUUCGCUCUCCAUAAGAGACUACGAUCCGCAGCAUGGCGAUGUUAUUAAGCACUACAAAAUCAGGAGUCUAGACAAUGGAGGAUUUUACAUCUCUCCAAGAAUAACUUUUCCCAACAUCAAUGAUAUGAUCAAACAUUAUCAAAAGCAAUCAGAUGGUUUAUGCAGAAAGUUGGAAAAAGCUUGUAUUAGUCCCAAGCCUCAAAAACCAUGGGAUAAAGAUGCAUGGGAAAUUCCACGGGAAUCAAUUAAAUUAGUGAAGAAACUUGGAGCUGGUCAGUUUGGAGAAGUCUGGAUGGGUUACUAUCACAAUAGUACGAAAGUGGCUGUGAAGACUCUGAAGCCUGGAACAAUGUCUGUGCAAGCCUUCCUGGAAGAAGCCAAUCUCAUGAAAACGCUUCAGCAUGAUAAGCUGGUUAGGCUUUAUGCUGUAGUGACCAAAGAAGAGCCUAUUUAUAUUAUAACAGAAUUCAUGGCAAAAGGAAGUUUGCUGGAUUUCCUGAAGAGUGAUGAAGGAAGUAAAUUGUUGCUUCCAAAGCUAAUCGACUUCUCUGCUCAGAUUGCAGAAGGGAUGGCAUACAUAGAAAGAAAAAAUUAUAUCCAUCGAGAUUUGAGAGCAGCGAAUGUUCUGGUUUCGGACCUACUGAUGUGCAAAAUUGCUGAUUUUGGACUAGCGAGAGUCAUUGAAGACAAUGAAUACACAGCGAGGGAAGGUGCAAAAUUCCCUAUUAAAUGGACAGCACCAGAGGCAAUUAACUAUGGAUCUUUCACUAUUAAAUCUGAUGUGUGGUCAUUUGGGAUUCUCCUGUACGAAAUUGUUACAUAUGGAAAGAUUCCUUAUCCAGGUAUGAGCAAUUCAGAUGUGAUGGUUGCUCUUCAGCGUGGGUACCGAAUGCCACGCAUGGAAACCUGUCCAGCUGAGCUUUACGACAUCAUGAAAACAUGCUGGAAAGACAAAGCAGAAGAGAGGCCAACAUUUGAUUAUCUACAGAGCGUGCUUGAUGAUUUCUACACAGCAACAGAAGGGCAGUAUCAACAACAGCCAUAGAACAAAGAACACUUUUUCUAUUGACAUGGAUCAUUGGCACAGACUAUCAUUUGGACAGACUGCUCAAACCAAUUACUUCAUGAGUUCAGAUGUCUUAACUGAGUGUGGAAGCUGAAACGCUGAAGAGAAAUAAUAAUGUUUUUAUUUGGUUAAACCAGUUCCUCUAAAGCUUGAAUUUCUCAUUAAAUGUUCUGUGUUUUGCAUCUGUAGAAACAUCCCAAAGCAAACAGGCUUUUUGGGGUGGGGAGGGAGGGAAAGCCAUCAGGCCCUGGUACAGCUUGAAAACGCCUCCUUAGGUUGUAAGUCAUGCAAAUAUGUUACAAGUAAACCUUCAUAAAGGGGUGAGAGGAUCCAGGAACAGCUGUUUUCAGAAGAACAGGUCAUGAAGAAGAACUUACGGAUUUAAGACAUGCUGAUGUUCUUAAAUCAUCUUUUUUGAAAUACAGCAUAUUGUGAAUAUUAUUUUUAUAUACUUGUUUCACAUUAGUAUCUGGCAUACUGUCACCUCUUGUAAGACUUUCUAAACAGAUUUCCUUUGAGGAAGAGUUAUGUAUGUAAUUCUUUACACUGAAAAUAGUUCUGUUUUACUGCUGUAUUACUCAUACUAAAUUUAAAAUCAUUUUCAAAGCAUCACGAAGCCCUUACAGAUGCAGAAGAACAAGAUGAACACCCUUGACAGCAGAAGCAGCAACACACCUGGCUCUGUGAUCAACUUUCAGCUUCCCACAAGGCCAAAGUAAUCAUCUGAAGUCCAUGGGAAAGCACAGGAUUGUGAAGGAAGUUAAUACUUUCACUGCAGUUGCUGAAACUGUUACCAGUGAAAAUAUUUUAAUCUUCAUUUUUAAUCCUCUUUGAUUAUUCACGAGUAUUCCUUAUAUUUUUGCUGCUUUAAUCAACUAACCUCAAAUCUCUUUUAAAACUAAAACUAGCUCUAGCACUAUCAAAAACAAUUUGUGGAAAUAUGCAAUAGAAUACCAAGUUACAUGGCAGUGACACUGUAGUUUGUUGUUCAGUAUACAAAUCUAAUUCUUAAAGUGAAUGCAAUUUGCUAAGCUCUGUAUAUUGAAUUGUUCUAUCAAAUUUCUUACCAAAACAAAUGAGCUAGGGCAAUUGCAAUGUAACCACAGCAUAGAUUACUUUUUGUUUUUCAAAGUGACACUGGUUCUUACAACUGAAACCCAGUACACAUCUUUGCCACCCUUCAGGCCAAUUAUUUAGUCAGAUGGUACUUUGCAGAAGCUUAAAACCUUUCUGAUAAAGCUUCAGUGUGCCUGCAGUUGAAGUUCAGCAGCAGAAAUGUUCAAUGCUAUUCUUUUCCAUUGGCUUCCUUCAGUCAAACUGUGCGGUUUAAGCAGACUAUCAGUUAAAUAUGUAAAUAGUUUCUAUUGUAUGGUGAUUUUUAAUUUUAAUAAACACUUCAUCUGAA